AUCAAAAAUACAGCUGAUCGAUUGCACAGGCUUCGGUGCGGUGGUCUGCUGCCAAAAAUCUCCCUGAAUUUAGACGGUUUCCUCUACCUUAAUUCUAUCGACAGGUGUAGAUCCCAUUUUGCAGCAUGGCAGAGUCAGAAAAUGAACCAUCUAGUGAAAAUGAAGAGUUUCUUUCUCCUGUGAAAGAUGAAGUAUCAGACAGAGACUACACCCCACCACCAAGGCAGAAGAAGCAGAAAGUGAGGAGAUUACCAACUCACAAAGCUACAUGCCCCAAUAAUCCCAGCAGAAGACUCAUAUUCUCCUCUCAAGAUGAACAAGACCCCUCUCCACUGAGGCAUUGCACCAAGAAAAAAAGAAAGAUGAGACGCAGGAAGAGUGGACGGUCAAAGAAGCAAAAGUUUGAGGGUCGGAACAUCGAGGUAUUGGGUACCUGGGUCCAAUGCACAAACAAGGAUUGCAUGAAAUGGCGUUACCUUUCUGACAUAACAGACCCAUCCCAUGUACCAGAUGAGUGGACUUGUGAAAUGAAUUCUGACUCAUCAUACAACUCAUGCCUACUGCCAGAGCAGGAUUAUUCUACACUGGAAUUUGUUCAUGCCAAAUUUACAGAGGGAUCUCUUGUUUGGGCCAAAAUGCAGGGAUUUCCAUGGUGGCCAGCUAUGAUUGAAGAAGACCCCGAUUCUGAGCUGUGCCUAUAUCCAGAUCCAUUAACAGGAUAUGUGACUGACUACCAUGUUGUUUUCCUGGACAAGAAAGUCACAAGGUGCUGGGUCAAGGUGUCCAACAUCCAGAAAUAUGAAGAUGCAAAAUGUCCUGGUUCGAUGAUUGUCAAGGGUCAUGACUUCUCUCAGAGGAUCAUGGCUGCUAAAGAAGUAGCAGAUGAGGCACAGAAACUACCUAUCAAGGAGCGAAUCAAGACCUUUGGCUUCAGUGCUCGCUUCAAGGGUCCAUGGGGUGAGGAUACAGAGAAAACAAGCGAUCAGAGACAAAAAACAGAGCUGCAUAAGAGGAAAGGCCCCAAACCUAAGAAACGGGUGAUCAUGGAUGAGGAUUCUAGCCUUGCAGGCUCACUCCUAAGCCACUCCGACAUGGAUGAUAUCCUAGAUGAGGCCGAGGCGCUUCUUGGAGAAGUCCACAACAUUGUCAUGGAGGUGGAGGAUGAGGUACAAGAGAGCCUUCUUCAAGAGAUGGAGAAAGGUGAAAAGGACUCUCCACCACCAUUGAAAAAGAGAAAAGUAGAGAGUGGCAAGAAUGAUGAACAACCCUCUAAGCAGAAGCAGGGUACCUCUAAGAAUACUGAUGACAGUUCACCUCAACCUGUGACAAGCGGAAAGAAAUCAAGGAAAAUUCCGAAGGAGAAGCAAAGCUCUGAGACAAAAAUGGCUAAAGAACUUGAAAGGAUUCAAAAGAAAAAGGAGGCAGAGCUGCAUAAGUUGGAACUGCAAGAACUGAAAGUCAGAGAAAAGAUAGAGAGAAGAGAAAAGGAAAAGCAAGCAAAGAAGGAACAGAAGGCAAAGGAGAAGCAAAAGAAGAACGAAAACAAGCAGAAGGUAAGACAAGAAGAAAAAGAGGCAGAGAAGGAAAAGUCUAAGCAAGAGAAAAAGGAGUUGAAGCGGAAAGAAAAGGAAGCAAAGAAAGAGUUGAAGAAGAAAAAGAAAGCUGAGAAGAAAUUGCUAAAGAAAUCUUUGGAAGGUGAAACAGAUGCCGCUAUUGAAGGCAAGGACAGUGAAGGUGAUGCCGAAAAAGCUGCAAGGAAGGAGAAGAAACGUUUGGAAAAGGAAGAAAAGAAAAGAUUGAAGAAAGAGAUGAAAGCAAAGAAAAAGGAGGAAAAGAAGAAAGAGGGGAAUGAUGGAAAAGCAACUGAUCAGAAAGAGAAAGAGGCGGCCAAGGUGAAACCUAGUUUCCAGAAAGCGAAAAAGCCAACAUUCAGCGCACCAAAGCAGAAAGCUGCAAAAGCACCAUUAGGUCUUCCAGCACAGCCAACCACAGCAGAAGAAUCUUCAGUCAGCAAGGAGAUUGGAGCUCUCAUUGAUGAGAUUGUUAAUGAGACAGACCGAUCGAUCAAAAUCGAUGUGGUGGAGUCUUCAGUGGCUGCAAGUGAUGUUCCUGCAGUUAAACCGUCCGCGGUCCAAAGUAUGCAUGGUAUCGGAGAAAGUCCUGUGAAAAAUGUGAAGAAACCGUUCAGACCGAAAUUCACCAUCAAAACCAAAGAUGGGCAAAGGGUUUCUGAGGCAAAUCUCCCAGAUUGUACAACUUCCUCAGCUGCACCCACUCCUGUAAAUGAUGGUGGACGGGACACUGGUCUGGACGCUCUCGAUGAAGAGACGUCUGUUGAUAUCAGCAAAAUCCUAGAGGUCAAUUCCAAACAAGACAGUACUGUAGAAACGGAUCAAGCCCAAGAAAACAGUGAUCCUCUUGCAUUUCCUCUGUCUGAGAUGAUAGGCAAGCAGUUGGAACUCCUGCCCAAGUCUGAGCAUCAGGAUUCUCCACCCAAGCGUGAGUGUUCCGUCAACAUUGAUGAAGGACAAGGACUGGACUCCCAUCCUACCAAGGAGAUCAACGAUGUUAUCACUGACUCGACCAAACUGGUGAAGACCCUGGAGAAACCUAUUAAAGAGUACAUUCCAGACUCGACGGAUUGGUCAGAACCAGAUGAACCCCAGACAGUCCCAGGCCAGAAAAUGGUUAUGGUUGCUGCAGCUGCAAACGGGAAUGACAGUGAGGACUCUGAUCCAUUUGAAAUGGAAGAUUAGAUUUAUUCUGCCCUGGCAUUGCAUAGCAAAGAAGGGCUUACUUCUUUUUUCCAAGAAAAAAGUUGUUUUCCUCUAUUUAAAUAUUGUUUUUCCUCAAAAAAUAGUUUCUUUUACAGCAAACAACAUAACAUGUUUCCAUGAGCGAUUCCAUAUUUGAUAUUCAAUUUGAUGGCUUAAUAGCUUUAAAUAUUUUAGAUCACUUUCUACAAUGAAUUUAAAAGUCAUUAACUUGAAGAACUAGCUUUAUCAUUUUUUUAAUAUUUUUCUAUAUUUUUUUUUACAUGUUGAAAUAUCUUGUAGCAAAAACAUUUCAUAUGAGCAAAGACUUUGUAGUGGUCAGCUACAAGGGAUUAAGCAUGAAUAAUGUGAGGACUUUAGUUUUGAUACAUAUAUCAUUCCAAAAUAUUUAUUUAUUUACAUGUAAACUAUAAUCAUUCUUUAAAAUGAUGUGUUGAUUUUAUUAUGUUCUAUUAUUUCACUUGAUUGAUUUCUUUAUUUGUAUUGCAGCUGAUUAUGUGCACGUAACUAGAUGAUACCAAGGAGAAAUUUUGAUUUUCUUGUAAUUCAAAUAUUUUAUUUUGAUUAUUGGUUUAUUUUUAAAUUGUCUAGAAUUACCUCAACUGUAACAUUUUUAUAUGAAAUAAAUAGUAUUAUUCAAAAUAUUUCUUUCUUGCCAAACUACUAAAUUUUCAGGAAAUAUGAAUGCCAGUCUAUCCACUAUUAUAUUUAUUACACAACAUUUAGUAUUUCAAAUGCAUGUCUGUAUAUUGAAUAGAAUAAUUUCAUUAAGUUCAUUCAAGAUAUGUAUAUUACUUUUAUCAUAAAUAGUUUAUGAAUAUAUCAUAGAAUAUAUUAUAAAAUGUAAACUGAAAUAAGUUUCCAUUAUUUAUAUGCAUUUCCAAAGUGCCUAUUGCUUGUACAAAUUCAUACCAAAACAAAUGUUUAUUGUUGAAAUGUAUUUAUUUAUUAAUAUAAAUAUGAAAUAGCGAUUAUAUAGAUAAGAAUCUAUUUAACACUACAUGUAUAUCAAUACAGGAUGCCUAAAUGUAACAAAUUUUAUUUAUAGUACUUGUAUUUUGUAUCUAGGUACCGUACUUCAACAAAAUGUUGAAUGGAUGAUGUGUACAUAUAUGUUGUUAAAUUCUUUUUUAUGUGUUACAUCAACAAAUUAUAAGAGAGUUUGGUAUUUCAAUUUGUUAGGACAUACCUUGCUAGUAUUAAUCUAAAGAAUAGAAGAGAGAUACAUAAUGUACAUGUAUAUGAGACAGUAAAAUUACCUCAAAAAUAGUCUCAAAGAUUUCUCCAUUAAAUUUCAGAGUAACAAUUCCAACAGACUUUCUCAAUAUUGAUAUUGAUUUGCAAUUCACAUUAAGACCAAUUCAUAUAAUAAUGUUGUCUUUAACUUAACUGUCAAUUUUUUUUCUCUUUUUUUCAUGAAUAAUUCUUACGUUUUGGCUUUCAAAUCCAGUGGCAGAUUAAGCUGGAUUAGGAACCAUAUUUUUGAUAAACCACUAUUCAAAUCCCUCCAUAUUGUACAUAAUUUUUUGUAACUUAAUGAACUUAUAUAUUUUAAAAGUGCACAAAAUGAUAAAUAUUUCACUUGUCUUGGAGAUAUUUUUAGCAUUUUACAUUGGAAGAUAUGCAAACAUACAUUGAAUUCAAAGAGGAAAAGCAUUGAAUUAGACAAUAUUGACAAGUUAUGUACAGUAUUGUGUUCAAUCACCAAAAUAUUUGUUCUGGUCAAGGAAUAAUAUAAGGACAAUGUUGCAUGAGUAAAAUCUGCCUAUUUUGACCUGCUUCAACAAGCAGAAAGCAACUCGCAUUAAUGGAAUAUGAAUACAAAUGUUCCUUCUCUUUCAAGUGCUGCUUGUAUUCUGUAAAUAUGUUAUGCUAAGCUUUCAGAGAAAUUAUUUCAUGAUAUACAUUUACUUGUAAUUGGUUUCAAGUGCCACUGGUAUUCUGUACAUAUGUUAUGCGAUGCUCAAAAGCUGCAACUUCUCUGAAUGUUUUAAUUAAUUUUUCAUUGUUCAACAUACUUGCCAAAAAAAGUGUUUUUGUAUAUAUUGUUCAUUAAAGUGUAUUUCUGAUAUUUAUAAACAUGAAAAUUAGUUGGCUCCUUGAUUGUUCUUGCUGUAAGUUAAUAUGGUGUAAGUCUUCACUAUUUUUGUGAAUCAUACCGAGAGGAUCUAGGUGGACAGAAAAAACCCUUCUGAGAUGACAUGUUUAGAUUUAAUUUGUAGACAGUAAAGUAAUUAAUAAAGUGAGACCGUUCAUUUUGUGACGUUUGAAAAUUUUGUCCA